AUGCCCCACAGAGUCGCCAACUUCCUUCGCAACUCUACUGAGAACUUCAGUGUCUCUGCCAUUGCGAACCUCAAGACCAUUCGCAACCAGUCGACACACCACAACCACAAGCAGCACAACACAAACGUCCAAGACCAAGGCUUGCUGCGUAGGGUCCCUCUCGACCGCCACUCAUCUUACUCUUCCGAUGACGGCGAGCACAUCCCUUACAACAAGAUGUUCGCCGCCGAGCCCCCCGUCGACCAUCACCACAAGGAGAAGAAGCACCACCACCACCGCCUCUCUCUGCCUUUUGGCCGUUCCAACAAGGAUCACCACGAGAACCCCCACGCGAGGCUAGACCUCAAGAUCGAGAGCCCUCCCAUUGUCUUUUUUGGCGAUGCCGAGACCUCUACCGGCGCUCUCGUCUCUGGUCAGAUGUUCCUCGAUGUCAAGGACGACCACCUCGAGGUCGAGGCCUUCGAGGCCAAGCUCAACAUCCACGUUCAACACAAGCGCCCCUUUGCCAACCACUGUAACGAGUGCCAGAACCAGUACACCGAGCUUAAGCGCUGGACGUUCCUCGCUCACCCCACCACCCUGAAGAAGGGACUGCACCCGUUCCCCUUCUCCAUCCUCCUGGAAGGCCACCUCCCCGCGUCCAUGGACACGCCCAUCACCUCCAUCGCCUACGAGUUCAAGGCCGAGGCCACUCUGGUCAAGGGCACACCGGGCUCCCAGACGCCCAUCAAGUUCGAGCAAAACUUCGACGUCAAGCGCUCCCUCCCCCAGCCCGAGUUCCCUCACCACUCGGUCCGCGUCUUCCCCCCCACCAACAUCAAGGCCAGCGCCCACUACAACCAGGUGAUCCACCCCGCCGGCACCCACAACGUGUCUUUCCGGCUCGACGGCCUCACCAGCGCCAACGCAUCCAACAAGACGGUCGAGUUCUGGAAGCUCAAGAAGGUUACUUGGAAGCUCGAGGAGACCAUCAAGACGGUGGCCCCCGCCUGCGACAAGCACGCUCCCGCCGGCGCCCAGGCCAACCAGAAGGGCCUCCACCGCUCCGAGACGCGCAUCCUCGGCGAGAAGUACAUGCACGACGGCUGGAAGUCGGACUACUCCAGCACCGACGGCCACGUCGAGUUCGAGUUCGAUUACGGCGUCAUCGCCAGCAAGCACGGCCACGGCCCGCGCUACGCCUGCGACAUGAAGUCCCACGACGGCACCGAGGUCACCCACGCCCUCAUGAUCGAGAUGGUCGUCUCCAAGGAGUGGGCGCCCGUCGGAAAGCCCCACCUCGCCACGCAGACUGGCACCGGUCGCAUCCUUCGCAUGCACUACCAUGUCAUGCUCACCGAGUGCCCCGGCCUCGGCGUUAGCUGGGACAACGAGGCGCCUCCCGUCUACCAAGACGUUCCCCCUUCGCCGCCCGCAUACCCCGACCAGCCGGCACCCAUCGAGUACGAUAGCCUCGAGUCCCUUGACGGACAAACGCACAGCACCGAGGGAUCAGUUACAUCAUAA